AUGGCUUUUAUGCAACAGGUUGAAAAUAUAGCGUGCGUAGGUGCCGGAUAUGUUGGUGGACCAACAUGUGCCAUGAUUGCUUAUAAGUGUCCAGAAAUACAAGUCACUGUUGUGGAUAUGAAUGCCGAAAAGAUCAAGCAAUGGAAUUCGGAUCAUUUACCUAUUUUUGAGCCAGAUCUUGAUGAAAUUGUAAAAUCAUGUCGCGGAAAGAAUCUCUUUUUCUCCGACGAUAUACCUUCAGCAAUAAGAAAUGCACAACUUAUUUUCAUGUCCGUUAAUACACCGACAAAAACAUAUGGAAGAGGAAAAGGUAUGGCACCCGACCUAAAAUACGUGGAGUCUGUUUCACGUGCCAUUGCAGAACAUUCUCGUGGUCCUAAAAUUGUUGUUGAAAAAAGCACAGUGCCUGUAAAAGCUGCUGAAAGCAUCAGUGCUAUAUUGAAUGAAGCACAAAAGAAAAAUCCUCAGCUUUCUUUUCAAGUAUUAUCGAAUCCAGAAUUUCUAUCAGAAGGGACAGCAAUAAACGAUCUGGCAAAUCCAGAUCGUGUUUUAAUAGGCGGAGAGAGUUCUCCUGAUGGUUUGGCAGCUAUGGCUCAACUGAUACAGAUUUACGAGCAUUGGACAGCAAAUGCAUUCCUCGCACAACGAAUUUCAAGUAUAAAUGCAAUAUCAGCCAUCUGUGAAGCGACUGGCGCUGAUAUACGUGAAGUUUCUUAUGCAAUUGGUCGAGAUACUCGUAUUGGAAAUCAAUUUCUUCAAGCUAGCGUUGGCUUUGGAGGUAGCUGUUUUCAGAAAGAUGUUUUAAGUCUUGUUUAUCUCGCUGGAUCCUUGAAUCUUCAUAAAGUAGCUGAUUAUUGGCUGCAAGUUGUUGAAAUCAAUAACUGGCAAAGGCGACGUUUUGCUGAUAAAAUCAUUGCUGAAAUGUUUGACACGGUAUCGAGUAAGAGAAUCGCAAUAUUUGGUUUUGCUUUCAAGAAAAAUACUGCUGAUACGAGGGAAUCCUCAGCGAUUUAUAUAAUGAAGUAUUUGCUUGAUGAAGAUGCCAAACUGGUUGUAUACGAUCCAAAAGUACCAGAAUCACAAAUGCGUUAUGAACUAAAUCAGAUUUCUUCCAAAGAAACUGGUAUACACUCAUGUUUAGUUGAUAAACUGUUCACAUUCUCGAAAGAUCCAUACGAAGCAGCGAUGAAUUCACAUGCUAUAGUUGUGCUUACUGAAUGGGACGAGUUCAAAAUGACUUUCAUUAUUGAGCGAGACUUGUUUCCUGUCACUGACUUGUAUGGUUUUGGAAGGGGAAAAAUUCCUGUACAGAGUUAUGACUACAAAUAUAUUUUCAAUUCAAUGGCGCAACCGGCAUCAGUGUUUGAUGGUCGGCUCAUUCUGGAUCAUAACAAAUUACGCGAAAUUGGUUUUCACGUAUCCGCAAUCGGAAUUGCUUCACAAUCGUGCAGAAAUUGCUACAAAUAA